GCAGCAAGCCCCGCCACGCCGCACAGCACCACGCGGGGGCGGAGUCUCCGCCCCGGGCCCCGCCCCGGGCUCGUGGCCGCCUGACUUCCGGCGGCGGCACGGCGCAGGAGCGUUCCCGCCUCUUCCCCCUCAGCGCGCUCGGGCCCACCGGAGCCACCGAGCCGCGCCGCAAGCCCAGGCCGCGGCCAUGAGCGAGGCAGAAGUGAACCCCAAAGCUUACCCCCUGGCUGAUGCACAGCUCACCAAAACGCUACUGGAUCUUGUGCAGCAGUCCUGCAACUAUAAGCAGCUACGCAAGGGAGCCAAUGAAGCCACCAAAACACUGAACCGAGGGAUAGCGGAGUUCAUUGUGAUGGCAGCAGAUGCAGAGCCCUUGGAGAUCAUCCUGCACCUCCCUCUUCUCUGCGAGGACAAGAACGUACCUUACGUGUUUGUGCGCUCCAAGCAAGCCCUAGGCCGGGCAUGUGGUGUUUCCCGGCCUGUCAUUGCCUGCUCCAUCACCAUCAAGGAGGGAUCACAGCUAAAGCCUCAGAUUCAGUCUGUCCAGCAAGCUAUAGAAAGACUGUUGGUCUAAAUGCCCGUGCGUUUAAGUGUGUGUGGAAUAGGGAAGUUGAAGUCAGGGGGAAUUAAUGUCUAGCUUCAGCUGGGAUUAUAGUUUUGAUAUCAGUGUUUAAUUUCAAAACACCAUAUUUUUGUUUAAUAAUGACUUAAUUCUUAGUGUUUCUGCCCCUCCUCCCUCUCUUUUUUAUUAUUCCACUCCAACACAUUAAUUCUCAUUUGUAUUACUUUCUUGAAAAGUGGUUGUACAACUGUAUUUCCUGUUUGAUGUUUAAAGGAAAAAAAAGCCCCCCUUUAUCUCCCUGUUUGCCUGCUCAGGGUUUUUUAACCCACUGCUAAGCUUUGGCCUCUAACAGGUGUAACACUGUGCUUCUAAAUGAUUUACUCUACUGAACAUCAGGCAUGUCAGUUCCCUGCACAGUGUGUGUGCGCAGACUGCUGGAGUUGUUGCUUUCAGUGAUGGAGCAGCAUAGACCCCAUAGAGGGUGGGCAGCAGCUACUGUGUAGCAACAGAAGGAGCCAAGAUCAGUACAUGCAGCACAACCCUUUUCUUGAAACCAGACAGACUUCUGUAUGAGGUGCACGGGGAGCAGAAAUCUUAUGGCAGUGUACAAGGGGAAAUAUCUUGGUUAUUUUUAAAUACUUUUAAAGAAAAAUAAAAUUGCUGACAAAGCUAAAUUUGUCAUUCCCUUAGGGAAGCAUUUGCAACUAACUGAAGUGUUCCUACGUGUAAAGCUAAACUGCUCAGAGAUUGCCUAAAGGCUAUUGUGUAGUAGUUCAUACUCCAGUUUUCUCUGUGUGGACUGUACUGAUGAGCUUGGGCUUCCUAUGGUAUUUAAGUACAAAACACAUGGUAGAGAGCAGCUUGCUGUGGCCAACAAGGACCCUAUAGAUCUCGUGCUUUUAGGGAAGCUGUUGUGCUGUAGUCACCUGACUGAACUCUUUAAGUCAUGGCCAAGGCAAGAGGGAGCAGGUCAUUUUUCAGAUAAAACAAAUUGUGUCUCAAGAAGACAGUGUUAGAUACAGAUCAUCUCAUGUUCUAGAAAAAGCAUGAAGCACCACCAGCAUUCUGGAUUAGCCUUGGUUUUAUGAGGCCAGCUUUAGUUAAGUGCGUAUUGUAUAAUAAAUCCACUUACUGCUCCCAGUAGAAGAGUGUAAAUCUGUGUUGGAAUGGGUCAUAUCAAACCUGUCCUCUAUUGCAGGAUGCAAAAGCAAAGCUAGUGUGGAAAGACAGCAGCAGAAGGGAAAAUUAAGUUCUGUAACACUUCCACAGAAGCACUAACUUCAUACAUUUAGAAAGUGCAUCCCAAGCAGAUGAAAUCAGCUCAAGAAAAACUGAAUAUAAUUUGUGUCUGUAUAUUUUUGUAAAUGACUGAUAACUAAUAUCCUUGAUGAGGUGAACUUAAUACAAAGAUUUUGGAGUCCUUCCAGUUGUAUGACAUUUAGAAAAGCUGUUCCCUUCUACUGAUGCUGACAGUUGAGCUAGUUGUCUUUAAAACCACAGCUUUGCAAAGUACUUGCCCUAUUGUACCACGCCAAGGCAGCUGAUAUAAGACAAAGCACAUAAGGAGCAGAAAUAAAGCAUUCUUGAGCAAGCAAAA